AUUUCAUAUUUUUAGGUAAUUUUUAGGAUUUAGAUGUCUAGUAAAGUUUUGUGUUAUGAAAGUUAUGGGUCAAACGAAGAAAAAAUAGUUUAUUACGAAGAUGGUUUUUGUAAAAAAACAAAAAAUUUAUCAGUGAUAGGUUUUUAUACAACUUUAAAGUUAUUAUUUCAAAAUGUUUUUCUUCCUCAAGGAUUUCCAGAAAGUGUCAGUGAAGAUUACUUACGUUAUCAGCUUUGGGAUACACUGCAAGCCUUUUGUUCCUCUAUAACUGGAAUGCUUGCUACUCAAGCUAUGUUGAAAGCUUAUGGUGUGGGUGAUAAUACAGCAACAGUUACUGCUGCCACAAUUACAUGGAUGUUAAAAGAUGGUGCAGGAAUGAUUGGUCGCAUUCUGUUUGCAUGGAAAAAGGGAACUCAGUUAGAUUGUGAUGCAAAAAGAUGGAGGUUGGUAGCAGACGUUUUAAAUAAUUGUGCAAUAAUGCUAGAUUUGGUUGCUCCUUUGUUCAAACAAUAUUUUGUAUUGAUAGCAUGCUUAUCAAGUGUUGCUAGAUCUAUAGUUGGUGUGGCUGGAGGAGCAACACGUGCUGCCUUAACACUUCAUCAAGCACGCCGAAACAACAUGGCUGAUGUUUCAGCUAAAGAUGGGAGUCAGGAAACUCUUGUUAAUUUGAUGGCAUUAUUUGCUGGUUUUUUAAUCACUCCUUUAGUUGUGGAUAAUCUUUUCCUUACAUGGUACUUCUUCUUGGUUUUUACAUUUUUACACUUGUAUGCAAACUAUCAAGCUGUUUCUACAGUUGUAAUGGAAACAAUUAAUCUCCCAAGAUUGCAUAUCUUGGUAAAGCAUUACUUUAUUUAUGGAAAAGUUUUAACCCCAAAGGAAGUAAACAAGGUUGAUCCUGUUUUACGAAGACCUGGUUUUAAAUGCAGUGUACAUCUUGGAUGUCAAUAUGCAGAUGUUUUAAAAUGUGACGAAAUACUUGAUCUACCUGGAUUUAGUUUGGGGUAUAACAGUAAAACCUCCACGAUACAUGUUUCGCUAUAUAAAGAUACUUCAGAGCAUGAAGUCUUGCAAAGUUCAUUCCUUGCUAUGCUUGUGGAUUUGUCAUUGAACAAAAAUAUAAACACAUCGCAUACCAAAAACGAGAAUUUGUAUCUUUAUUUAUGGGAAAACACUAUUGCCACCAAGUGUUAUAACCGCGUGGAAAUGGAAAGAAUUCUUAAAAACUUUUUUCCAACAUUCAUUAAUGAUUUAAAAGUGGCAGGCUGGGAUUUAUCGAGAUGUCAUUUAGGAGUCGAUGAAUGGAGGGUUGUAUUUGCUGAUAAAACACAAUGAAUUUUUUUACGAAUUGGUAUUCAGUAGUUUGUCAUCGAUGUCGUGAAUUGUAUUAUUUCAUUAUACAAAUUUAAUAAGUUGCUGACGGUUUUUAACAAUCCUGAAAUUUUUGGAUUAAUCCGACGAUGCAGAGAAUAAACAAUUUGGGCAUAAGACAAAAAAAUAGUUCCUUUAAUAGUUUCCACAUAAUUUUAUUUAAAUAUUUUCGAAAGUAAAAUAGCAUGAGUUUAUUAACGAAUAUCAGUAUUACUAUUAAAAGUGUUUUUUUAACAGCAAAAUUUGUCAGCACCUAAUCGAGAAGUAGUUUGAACGAUGAAGUUA